AUGUCGAAUAUACUUGAUUCUGUUGUUAAUUCGCUAAGUACUGCUACUGUAAACACUUCCCAUCAAUUAUUAAAAGCAUGGUUGACUCAAUUAUACGAUCAUGCUCCAAUUGUGGGUUUGGAUGCUAGACAGAUUUAUUUACUGGUUAGGUUAAUCUGCGAAUCAACUGCCAUUAGUGCUUCAACAAAAGUUUACAUUAUAGAUCAUUGUUUAUUGCCGAAUGAUUAUAUAGACGAUGAGGUGGUUUUAGAGAUAAUUAAUCAUUUGGGAACGCCAACUGUAACAAAUCCAUAUAGGAUCCUACCUCCCAAGAGUGUACAGAUCAAGCUUUGUAAAUGGUUAGUCCAUGUUUUUAUUCUAUUGCCAAAGGAUAGGAGCAAUUUAAACCCAUCGGUUUGGCUACAUUUAUGGAAAUAUAGUUUCUUGCAAUAUUGGUUGACAUAUAUUAUAAUUUGGUCAACUAAUUCGAAACAAGAUGUGAAAUCUUGGAAAGUUACAUUGAUAGAGAAAAUUGCAUUUAUUCCAGGUUAUCCAGAUGUAGCUGCGUUGGCCACAUUGAUAUUGAAUAGAUUCGAAUCAAUUGUAGGGUCUACACCAAGAAUAUCAAGUCUGAGGUUAAGAAUAAAUACAAAUAUGAGAAGUUAUAAAGCUAUUCAGAAUCUUGAACUGGAUUCAAAAUUCAUUAGUGCUUUAAAAAAAGUUUUAUUCAAGUCAUCACCAAAUAAGUUUCCCUUAAAAUAUAUCGAUGAUGUUAUUUCAUCAUACCUUUCACAAUUAAAGAAUAAAGAUAACUCUAUAGUUGUCAGCCAAUAUAGACAGAAAGUGCCUCCUAGCAAACUGUUUAUAUUGGAUAUUAGAACAUUUGAAAAAUUAGUAUGGAAUUGGAAUAAUAUUGUUGUACCCAAAAAUCCAGAAUUCUUAUUUGACAUAGGAACGCAAGCAGGGUUUAAAAUAUCUGCACUGAAAUUAGCUGGUGAUGAUCCCCAAUUAUCUAACAAGUCGAUUAAAUACAUCACAGUACAGUUGAAAAGGUGUUUCAAUAAUAAUGAAAAUUUAUCUGAGCUGGAAAGACUCAACAUUCUUAAAAAUGUGGUUAGAUUUUGUAUUUUAAAAGAAGAUGUUUUGGAAAGUAUUGUCCAAGAGUUUUUUACAAUAGAAUUCAUGAAUUCAAAUCCUAAUAUUUUUGUUACAUUCUUUAAUCUAAUAUUCCCAUUAUUUAAACCAGAGAGUAUUACUGAUUUUAGAAAACUUCUAUUAAGAUUUUUUACUAGAUGUAGGUUCAGCAACCAAACGAAGGCUACUAGAACAGUAUUUCCCAGAUUAUGCAAAGGAUUAUUACUUAUGAUCAAAAAUUGGUAUUCCACUGAAGGCACCAUUGAAAGUGAAGGGUAUGAAAUCUUCAACGACAUAAAACUGCUGCUAGUGUCUCACCUUCAAAACUCAAUUGAAAAUAGAUAUUAUAUCAUAUCUGUGAAUGUGAUGCUGAGCAUUGUGUUAAACAUAUAUGAUUACGAAAACAGUGCCACUGGAAAUGCUCAUGAAUUGAUGAUCAUACCCAAUGUCAUGAACAAGUUAUUAACAAUAGACGAUCCAUUGCUUCUAGAUUCCUGUUGUUUAUACUUGAUAAAUUCUAAAGAAUUGUUGAAAAGUAAAGCAUCGACAAAUAAACAAGUACAAAGACAAAACCAAUAUAUUUUAGAUCUGACAAAUUACCUCUGGAGGAAUAAAAUUUCAACUUCAAAGUACCUGUUCCACAUUCCAACAGAAUUGGUGAAAAAUACAAUAGAAAACAUUUACCUACCAGAUAUAGAGAAUAAACUAAAAAGCAUGUUUUCAAUCACAGGUGUCCCAAGCUUAUCAUACUACUCAAGUGAAACGAUCAAACCUUUGAUAACUGAAGAGAUCAGUUAUUUCACAUACAAUGACGUCAUUAAUGAAGAAAAUUUCAAGAAAUUAAUCAAAGACAAUCAACAAAACGAAACAUUCAAUGAAAUAAGAAUAAAAUUAUUACAAUCUAUGCUAUCAGAUAGUCCAUACCCAAACGUUUCUAUAUUCUUGUUCACUUAUUUGAAAAGUUUAUCACAGUAUUAUAAGAACGAACCAUAG